AUGGGAGAUCAACCGUUGACCAAAGCAGAUCUUGAGGGUAUUUCGGAGGCUUUAACCACGAACCUCACUGCUUUGAGGAAUCAGAUGGUGGCGUUAACGACUCAAUUAACAGCUUUUACCAAUCAAGUUGUUAACGCAGGACAAAGAGAUAGGGGAAGAGAACCAAUUAGGGUUCAACAGGGCAGAAACAAUCGUGCCGCAGAGCCAGUUAGGGUUCAACAUGGUGGAAACAAUCGUGGUGUUAAUGUCGAAAUCUCUAGUUCUGAUGAUGAAGAUCUUGAGGACGAAGAAGAAGCUGAUCAAGAGAAUCGACAAAACAAUCAUGAUUAUAGAAUUGAUGUUGAUAGAUUUUUCGAUGUGAUGGGUGUUCCUGAGAGCAAACAAGUUAAGAUGGUAGCAAUCAGGCUGAAGAAAACUGCUGCUGUAUGGUGGGAUAAACUUGUUGUCCAAAGACAAAGGCAAAGAAAAGGACCAGUCAAGACUUGGCGUAGAAUGAAGCAGUUGAUGCUUGAUCGGUUCUUACCAGAAGACUAUGAGCAGAUUCUCUACAAGAUGUAUCUCGAAUGUGUUCAAGGUAAACGAACAGUGACAGAGUACACAGCUGAGUUUACCGUAUGGACUGUGCAAGAGGCUUCUAGUUUAGCUUUGAAGGCUGAGCUAAUGGAGAAGUCAACUCGCAGUUUUUCUUCAUUCAAGAGGUUUACACCUCAGAAUAACUACGAGGCAGCAAACGAAAAGGAAAAGAAUGUAAGAACUGUUGCUUUGCUAGGAGAAGAAGAAGACGAAGAACAAGAGUUUAAUGAGGAUGAUGAAUAUGAAGGGGUUGAAUUUACUGAAGAGGAAUCACAUGAGAAGAUAAACAUUGUGCUUCAGAGAAUCUUAUUGUCAUCUAAGGACGAAGGACAACGCAAGAAUUUGUUUAGAACACACUCCUCAAUUCAAAACAAAGUGUGUAAUGUGAUUGUGGAUAAUAGAAGCACAGAGAAUUUGGUUUCUCAAAAGCUGGUUGAUUUUCUGAAGUUGCCAACAAAAGAACAUGAAAAUCCAUUUCCUCUUGGGUGGAUAAAGAAGGGCUCACAAGUUCGAGUAACAAUGACUUGCAGAGUUCCCAUCUCCAUUGGGAAACACUACAAGGAAAAGAUAAUUUGUGAUGUUCUUGACAUGGAUGUUUGUCAUGUUUUGUUUGGUCGACCUUGGCAAUAUGAUAAUGAUAUCUGA